GGGAGGAGGGAGCGCCCGGCAGACGAAUUUCAGGCGCUCCUUCAGUCUCUGUGACUCCGGCGAGACAUGUCGGUGGCAUUGAACCUGCGCCGCUUGCUCGCCCUCUCCACUGCGCUCAGUCUCCCAGAUCUUGUGCGAGGACAGCUCGGUGAUGGAUGUGGACAUACGGUGACCGGCCCCGACAGUGGCACCUUGGCGACCAUGGACUACCCUGGCACCUACCCCAACCACACCUGGUGCAGGUGGCAGCUCCGUGUGGCAGAGGGGAAGGCAGUCAUGUUGAUGUUUGCUGACUUGGACAUCGAGUACUCUGAGCAUUGCUCCUCCGAUUCUGUGCACGUCACUGCUUCACCGGCCAAUGGCAGCUACGGUCCAUACUGUGGAAAAAUGUACCAAGGUUUGCCGAGAAUCCAACUGAGGUCCGGCGCGGUGACGGUGGAGUUCCGAAGCAUCACCCAUCACACGGGCAGAGGGUUCCUGCUCUCGUACGCCACCACCGACCACCCGGAUAUGAUUUCCUGUUUGGAUAAAGGUAUCCAUUAUUCUCGGCAACGUUUCACUAAGUAUUGCCCAGCCGGCUGCAAAGGGAUCAGUGGUGACGUGUGGGGAAACCACCAGGACGGCUAUCGUGAUACGUCUGUUCUGUGCAAGGCAGCAGUACACGCCGGGGCAAUAGCUGAUGAACUAGGUGGACAAGUGUCAGUGACGUUGGAGAAAGGCAUCACGUUGUACAAGGCCGCUUCUGCCAACGGAAUUUCAACCAGAAGGGGUUCCUUGUCUGAGAAACGCAUCAAGAUUAGAAAAGAUUGCAGCCUUGUUCUGGACAGCAGACGCAUCACAGCCUCGUCCUCCUGGACAGAGAAGACCAACGAUGGCGAGCUCAGCGUCUGGUCUCCGGACAAAGCGGGGAACAGCAGCAACGGACCUCCAUGGGCCUGGGCAGCGAGGCUUUCCAGCAACAAGGAGUGGCUACAGAUCGACCUCGGAGAACGGAAGAACGUCACGGGAAUUGCCACCAGAGGCAGCACCAACAAUGGAUAUAACUUCUAUGUGAAGACGUACAAGAUUUCCUACAGCAAGGAUGGAAAGGCCUGGCGAUUCUACAAGAGGAAAAAUAGCAGAGAAGAUCAGGUUUUUGAAGGGAACGUGAACAACCACCAACUGGUCCGCAACGACUUUAUCCCGUCCUUUGUGGCGAGAUACGUUCGACUCGUUCCACAGCGAUGGCACCAAAGAAUAGCUCUGAAGGCAGAAGUGAUGGGUUGCAGGGUAUCAACGAGGAAUCGAACCCCUGAUGUUCUGCGUAGUCCAAGACCUUUGCCAAAGCCAACCUAUAUGCCCACGGAAAGCACCACUCCACCAGAUGUGGUGAUUGUAGAGGAACAUCUGCCAGGUUUUAAUUUGAUUGUGGUGCUUAUUGUUGUCAGUUUCCUAGUAAUAACUUCAACGGCUGUCUUAUUACUGUAUCUGUUCUGCAGAAAAAGAAAAUCUGGAAAAAGGAUGCACUCUUCUUCACAACAAGCUUGUGAUGAAUCGGUGAAAAAGCAAAACUGUCAGAGGAGUCAGCUUCAGCCGACAGAAUCGGAGAUCAUCACUUAUACCAGUGAAGAGGGAUCUUGUAGGAGUAUUACUGGCAACACCUUGUCAGACUAUGCAGAACCUGACAUCAUUCAAGGUGGCAUUGCAGCCCAAAAAGCUGCAUCAACGUUCAAGCCGCCAAUGGAUGAUGGCUACACCGUACCGCUCGUUGUGAAUCACUACGACGUUCCAUUUUCAGGGAAGAACCAUGAAUAUGCUGAACCGUUUCCCAACCAGGAACCGGAAUAUGCAACACCAUUUGUUGAACCAAGUGUAGAGUCAGAAACGUCGACAAAGAAAAACGUGUGCGUAGUGGUAGUUAUCCCAUCAGUGCAAGAAGCACUUUAAAAACCUUGGUGUAUCCUGUGCAUGGCAACUCCUGUCAGCCAUUAAACUGAUCCAUCGCCUGUACGGAACCAUCAUCAAGAUGGGCAAGAAGCAGCCCGGCCACAACCAGGAAAGGCAAAUGGGAAUCAUACCAAAAGAACACUGGUCAAUGCCUGAUUACUCCGUAAUAUUGGUGUUCUAUUAGCACUAUGACUCAUGAACAAUAAGCACGUGUAGGUUUUAAAACCUACAUCACAUUCCUGAGUAAUGAAGGAAGUUGACAAUACAGCACUAUUUAUGUCAUUGCAUUUAGAAGACAUGAAUUGAGGGGGAGAAAAAUGGUUUCUGGGCAUCGAUCCCAAGCAACGAGCUGUAUUAUUGCGUUCAAACCACUGUGAAAGCAUUGAAUUCAAUGCUGUCUCCAACGAGGAAAGUUUUUACAAUCUCUAUUUAAUGUAUUUUUAAAUAUAAAAAUAUUAUAUAAAAGCACUUCGUAAAAUAGGAUUGGAUGGUUUACGUUACAUUAAUUGCUACCCAUCUUUGUUACAGAAUAUUUUUUGCUACAAAAAACUGCUGGUUUAUCUAAUUGAGAAUUAAUUAAAUUUGUAUUAAUAAAAUGUGAAAUCUG